AUGCUCACUAGAAAGAGCAAGAAGCGAGUUUCGAAAGAGGUGGAUGCUUCAAGCACAAAAUCGAAAAGGCACACUAGCGAUGUAGCUCCAUCUUUGAAUUCAUCUGAUUCAGUGUGUAAAUUGGAAUCUCACCACAAGUCCACUCUGUCAGCUUUAUCUGAGCCCGCUUCAAAUGUCAUAAAUGCUUCGAGUAUAACUGGUGAAAAAACAUGCACUUCUUCAGAUAAAGAGGCUUUGGUGGUAGCCACCCCUACGAAAACUGGUGAUCUUUUGCCCCCAUUGGAUUCAACAGAGAUUACCUCAGAGAAUACAACUCCUGCUGAGAGUUUAUCGCCUCUUAAAUCAGGUGAUUUCAAUUCCCAUUUGCAAGAAUCUGUCAAGUGCACAUUACCACCCAGUGGAAAGUCUGCGCUUCGCUGCUUAGCCGGGCUUCCAUCUGCUCAUGCUGCUGUCUUUCGCUUUUUCGAUGAUGUUCUCCAGGAAGUGCUAGACGAAAUAGGAUCUACUGGUACUGUCUUCUCUUCAAAACGCCAGUUUUUGCUAACAAAAUUACCACAUCGCGAGCUUAUUGAAAAGGAAAAGGAAAACGCUUUGUAUGUGUUUGGCGAUCCGAAGCUACAAAACCUUUUUGACAAAUUGGCUGCUGAUCAAGCUAUAAUAAAUGAGGAGUUGGAUAAAAAAGAUGCCUUUCUUGCUGCCGGUAACAUUGUUCGUCCAGGAGUGCGGGAGGCCAUUCGUAAACGCAGAGAAGAAAAGCAUCAGCAAAUCAAAAGAGGUACUAUUGGCCGACUUCGUCCGAAUCCCCGGCCAAGACGAUUUUCAGAUAUGGUCAGUCCAAAUGUCGAAAUUCCAGUUCGUUUCGCAAGAUUUUCUCGAACGGAAAAGCGUGUUCGGGAUCGUGCUACCAAAGCAGCAGCCAAGAAACUUGCUCAAGCCAAAUCGCAGGCUUCGUAUAUGCUGAAAACAAAGACUGAAGCUAAGCGUGGUCGUCCCCGGAAGUCAUCUUGUCAAAAACAUGAAUCUACCAAGCCGAUUUUUAUGCACACCCCCAUGACAACGAGACCUCGACGUUCUGUUGAUAUACGUCACCAUAUUGACUGGAAAUUCUGCUAUGGGGGUCCUAGUGAGAAGAAGCUGCAACGUGUUGAGCUUCAGAGCCGUAAACGCCGUCAACCCGCUUCUAGUCAUGAAUCAGACGAAGAUGAAAUGGACGAGGCCUAUGGAAAUGAAGCGGAAAAGGAGGUAGAAGAAGACGUUAAGCGAGAACGCCAGCUUCCCAGUUCGCCUCGUUCCGAAGUGCCUUCGUCUGAAGCAGAUAACCCAUUAGCCAGUAAGGUAGAUGACUUAACCUUGGACCAACUCUCACAAAAGGGCGCUUUCGCAGCUGAAGCAGCUGCAGAACCCAAGAAACGCUCCCACUCUAUUCUCUUCAAGAGAAAACGCCAAUCGAAUACUUCGCUAGGUAGUAACACUCGUACGUCAAGAGUGGAGAGCGCCUGUUCCCCGCGAACUCGAAGCUCUUCCUCUGAUUCCUCAAAUGCUUUUUCCGGCGCAGCAAAGUAUUACAGCCGGGCGUCUGCUUACAAGUCGCCUGAUCCAACAUUUGUGCCCCACCAACGCAAAAAACGGGACAGAUUCUCAGGCAGACCGCCCAGAACCCUCAAUGAUUCUGUCGGUGAGGCUGGUGGCGAUAGCCGACGUUCGAGCCACCACAAACACGAGUCGCACCGUAGACUCACUCUGCUCGAUCGUGUUGUCCUUGGCCUCACCUGCAGUGUCGUUCAAGAGGGCGAAGAAAUACACAUUAAACAGCUGCACUCAGAUGACUUAAACAUCCUCACACAGCGACUCAACGAGACGGGCUUCUUCAUAAAGUCGCUGGCACUCAAGACGAAUGCAAACAACGACGCCGAAUACAAUAUUGUCCUGACAUACGCACCCAAACUCGAGGUCUCCAUGCGUCAGGUUCGCAAGUACAGUCCUGCUUCUGCGUCCUUCCACCCAGCUAUCGAUUACGGCUCCGUCGUGCCUCUUAAAAAGGCUCGCAUGCUCCCUCCGGCCUACUCGGGAACCCACUCGGACAACGAGAGCCGUGGCAAACGUGCCUCUGGCGACUCUCCACCGCUUAUUCGACCCAGCUCCACGAUGGACUUCAGUCGGGCGAAGAUUUACGUCGCUGCUCGUCGCCGCGGUGGCGUUGGUGUGGAGCCCAGUCGUCCGAAAUUCCACCACCCUCUGCAGCGUCUGAGCAUGCGAAAUCUGACGGCUAAUAACCCGGCCAACUCGAUGAGUGCCAGCCAGCUUCUGCGCCUGAAGCGUCUUCAUGAUGACCAGCCGCAGCUUUCCACCGCGACGCCAACUUCUGCCGAGCCCUUGCACCAGCCGUCUCAAGCACCGAAGUUGCCCGCUCCCAGUCACACGAAGUUCCCAGCCGCAGAUCCGUCCGCAGGAGCGGUUUGCCAAGCUCAACAGCUUCCGCACUCAGUGGAGGUGGUAGUGCCGCCAGCAGUGGGUGGGUCUGCGUCAGGAGGAGGGGAUGACGACGGCACGGACUUCGAACUCAACUCCCUGCUGCACCUUCAGCGUCCAGUCAGGAAUGCGCCUGGCCAACAGCUCGCCGAGCACUACCGUCUGCUCCAGGGGGCCCACCUCCUCGCGGGGCACAAGGCCGUCGCUCACCCCGUCAAGUCUGGCCCCCCUCCGGCGUUCCUUCAACAGCAGCGUCGAUUCAACCACCCGCCCCCCGGCAUGCUUCAGUAUGUCGCCACCACCGGCUUCCCUCAACCCCCAGUCAAACGCCCCGUGAUUCCCACACUGACAACGACUGCUGCAGCUGCCACACCGCCAAGACCGUUCGAUUCCUCCACCAACAGUCUGCUCACAGGUCGUUCAGUAGUGUCGACGACAACCGUCGUCACGUCAGCCGCCUCCACCGCCACGCCCAGACGACCCAUUGUGCACAAGUAUCACUCCUUCCGCAAGAUCUCCCCCAAGCACCAAUCAACGGCUGCGGCGACAGCAGCCACGGGCAACCGACCCGCUUCCACCACCGUCUCGAAGCCCGCGUCGUCGCAGCUCCUCAAGAGCCUCCUGGAGUCUGGAGGGGGGUCUUCGCUGCCGCGCACUCCUUCCACCGCCGCCGCUGUUCCCAUGGUGACCGCGGCCCCCGCCACCACGACCUUCAACCAACCGGCUCACCAGAGCCGAGGCACCUGGCAGUUGGGCGGUCGCGCGAUUGUCCUCGGCGCCUCCAUCACCACGCCGUCGACGCCACUCUCCAGCUCCGCUCACCGCCUUCAAGCUGCGUCGCAACCCGCGCCCGCCUUGACCUCCCCCAAAACCGACGUCAUCCCCUCCGACAGUGUUCCGCAGGCCGUUUUACACGUAAGUAGUCACCACGCGACAGAUCGAGUUAUAGCCGCGAGCGGGCCGUUUACCGGCGUUGUACCUCUUAAUUAUUUUUUAAAGGAGAACGAUAAACCCGAGACUCGUCAAGACUCCACGGUAAGACAUGCUUCCACGCCCCUCUUACGGCUCUCGGCUAACUUCCGCACUCACUCCUAA